UUGUAUAUGUAACUAUGGUUUGCAAAAGCUGGCCAUGCAAGCUUUUCACUAUCCGUUUUCAGAUUUUUUUUAGAGAUAUCCACUUUCACUUUUCGUCUUACAGAACAGUUUCUUCAGGGUUCAUCGAGAGAAACUAGUUUCCACUGCUGAGGAAAACAUACAAUGCUUAAGCAAUUCCCUGAAGAAGUCUUAAAUUUGUGGAACAAUUGGGAGAUUCGAGGAAUGGUUUUGCUUAGUCUCUUACUACAAACCAUCCUCGUCGUAUUUGGUUCUCGACGUAAGACCAUUGCCAGAAACUGGAUCAGGAUUCUCGUUUGGUCUGCAUACCUAUCAGCAGACAUGGUGGCAACUGUUGCCCUGGGUAAUCUAGCCAAGAGCCAAGGAGAUUCAUCAGGUGACGGUUCUAAAAAAGCAAACAAUUCCAUCCAGGCAUUUUGGACACCUUUUCUACUCCUGCACCUUGGAGGCCCGGACACAAUCACUGCAUACUCGAUUGAAGAUAACGAGUUGUGGUUAAGGCACUUACUUGGUCUUGUAGUCCAAGUCGGAGUGGCUUUCUAUGUCUUCUCAAAGUCUUGGCCUAGCGGUAUCCUCGCAUUCAUAGCGAUUCCACUGUUCAUUGUUGGCAUUGUAAAGUACGCAGAGAGGACUUGGGUGCUCUGGUCUUCAUGCUCCAAGAGUUUGAAAAACUCUAAUCUCUUUGAUUUUUGGCGUUCUUAUCAUCUGAAGAGAAUAAAAGAAAUUGGUCUACGAGCUCUGCAGGGAAACUAUCUUCGUCAAGCUUAUAUUUUUUCUUAUAUAUCCAGGUCUAUGAUGCAGGAUCUUGUCCCUAGCCUUGUGGAUCUAAUGCUCAGCCAGUUGCUUAUGUCCAAAUAUUCCGCUGGCGGUGCCUUCAAGGUGGUAGAGAUUGAGCUUGGAUUAAUAUAUGAUAUGCUUUAUACUAAAGCGCCCCUGAUUUACUCUCGUGCUGGGAUCAUUCUUCGCUCUAUCAGCUUUCUGCUCACUUUCACUGCGUUUAUUACCUUCGAAGUCAAGAUUGAGAAGCAUGCCUACUCAACGAUCGACUUUAAAAUCACGUAUUUAUUGUUUGUUGCCGCUGUUUUUCUCGAGUUUUAUGCUUUUUUAUGCCUUGUUUUGUCUGACUGGACACUGAUUUGGUUAACUGCUGAAGGAGGGAACGCCCUGACUAGUGCUCUUUAUUCUCUGAUAAGGAAGUUAACUAGAAGCGAGAGGUGGUCGAGAUCCAUAUCACAGUAUAACCUGAUAAGCUCUUCCAUUGAAAGCAAGCCACCUAAAUGCUUGGAAUUUCUGGGAAUCGAUGAAAUGAUGAGGCAGAUGAAUGUGAAUCGGAAAGAGAUGAAUGGUGGACUGCAAGGUUUUAUUUUCGGACACCUCCAAAAGAACUCUCUGAAGAUUAAGGAAAAUUUCAAUUUCAUUGAUAAGAAUUUCAGAAGAAAAAUAAUUGGUCAGAGAGGAGAUGGCGUGCUGGAAAGAGAGGGACUGUUACAGGACUUGAAGUGGAGCACAACUGAAGUGGAAUUCAGUCGAAGCAUUCUUGUCUGGCAUCUCGCAACAGAGAUUUGUUAUUGUGUUGAUAAAGAUGCAAACAAUGUCCCCUCAGAAUAUGAAACAAGCAGAUGCCUAUCUGAAUACAUGAUGUAUCUUUCGGUGAUGAGACCAGAUACGCUCUCCCAAGGAUUCGGUGAUGAGGGAUAUCUACAUUCCUUGCGAGACUUGGAUAGCAUAAGCAAGGGGGAAGCUCCCACUAAAAGCCCGGCGGCGACAAGCAGGGAGGAAGUUGUAGAUGCAAUUCUGUUCUACUAUGAAUCAUAUGUUAUUGAUGAUAUACGGUUUCAAUUUCGCUGGAAAGAAACCAAGUCAGCGGUAGCUGGUGGGGAUAGGCUCGCCAAGCAAUUGCGUUUGCUGGGAUUUAAGAAGCGAUGGGAGAUAAUCGAAGAAGUUUGGAUGGAAAUGCUUACUUAUGCAGCAGCUCAUUGUUCAUGGAAAGAACACGCUCAACAACUGAGAAGAGGUGGAGAGUUGCUCACCCAUGUCUGCUUUCUCAUGCUACAUCUUGGUUUGAGCGAACAGUAUGAAUACAAUUCAUUCAAAGACUACAAUUCAUUAAAUGAUUACACACGUGGUCAUGAUCUGGUAUUGCCAUGGGAGGAAGAAGAAUAUCGUGAGGCCAUUGAUAGAUAUUUGAGAGGUAAUGCAGACAUGUCACUGUCAAGUUCCAAUGAGGAGGUGAAAGAACUGAAAAGGAUGGUAGCAUAUAAAGACGAAGAGCUUGAGCGUAAAGAGCGAGAGCUUGAGCAGUUGAGGUCCUUUUUAGUUGCAUCAACUCCAUAGCAUGGGAUUCAUGCUCUUUAAGGAGGUUCACCAGCAUGCACAGACUGAUGAUCAAGGGACUGUUCAAUCUUUAUCAAAUCAUAAGAUGAGUUGAGUCUUCAAAUAAGAGUACUAUGUUAUAUCCGUAUAUAGUCAGAAAAAACAUGAGAAGACAUUUGUGUUUAUCAAUUGAAGAAUAAAAAUACUAAUUUAUUAAUAUCAUAAUUGUUUUUUUUGGCCAGUUUAGCUUAGAAUUUCUUGAGAAGGAAUGUGGUGAACUGAGUAUCUCGCUGCGUUUGGGUUUAAAGGCUCAUUUUGUAUUGAUUUUUUUUUAUAAAUUUAAUCUCGUGAUUCUAAUUUUAACAACACUAGAGUGAUGGUCCGCCCAUCGUGGGCCACACCAUAUUUUUUCUAAAGUGUUUUUAAUGAAGUAAGAAAAACCUAAGAUUCAUUCAGGUCUUUUACUUAAAUCUUCAAGCAAUCUUCAAGCUUGAAAUCCUAAAACAAUCUUUAAAUACUCUCUCCCCCUCUCCAGAUUCCUUCAAAUCCACUUAUCCACCACAAACCCAUUUCAAGAACCUCCCAUAAAUCAAAAGAAACCCAAAUUUGAUGAAACCAAAUCGCAUUUAAUCGAUCACUGAGGGAGGUAGACUUCAUGACGGUGAUCUGAUGUGGGUAACGGCAGUGGUUGUUCACUGUCUUCCUCCAUCUGCACCUCUUAUUGCCACUAUUUUUGGCGGGUUUUAACGCUGGUCGUGGUGCCGAGGCUUCAGAAUUGUGGUGGCUGUGCUUUUUUUUAAGCACGAAAGAUGAGGGGAAGAGAAGGAAUUUUUCUUUUAGAAUGAAGGUUAUUCCUGGAAAAAUUAUCAGGUCCAAGACAGGAGAGGUGCCAAGAAGCAGAGCUUAAUAUGACAAUCCAUUAACGUAAGAAAAGCCAGCCUCCUCUGAUACUUCACAUGUCAAUCCGUUUAUUCAACUGGACAAGUGUCCUUGCAUUGCUGCUAUAACAGGCACGAAGCUCUUCUUGAAAUUUUUUCGAUGCGGAAUUUUAAUCAGGAACAUCUUUUCUUGAGUUGCCUUCUAACAUGGUACAGGCAAAGGAUUCCGAGUUAUACAAGCCAGUAUUGAUGGAGUCUUACACCUCACCAGGGGCUUCAUAUCCUGCAGUAGUUUUCUGGUUUGAAUUGCUAGUAGUCGCAUUGAGGUUCGAGAGUAGUCUUACACAUCAUCAGGUACAUUUUCUCUGUUUUGAGGUUGCAGUAUUGAUAAUACACCAAUCCAAGGGUAAAUGUGAGCUACAGAUUCAAACCUUUCGGGAGUUCAGUGCUCAAACAUCAUAUUCCGAGAAAUGAAGUCAAAAGAUACUACUCACUGCAUUGAUGUUCAGUGUUCCUUCUCUAAAACAGAAAGCGACUCUGUGUAUGAAGAAAAGAAAAUGCAAUUAAUUUAAAGUUUCUUAGUCUUUGCAAUCUGCAUUCUUUAUUAUUUAGCAUCUCUUCUUUGUUUUGUGCCCAACCCCAAUGCCCCUUUAAGUGUUCAAGAAAAGGAAACCAAACUCUGUCCACCGAGAAAAUAAAAAUAAAACUAAUUUAAAUCUUUUAUUCCUUGCAA